GUUUCACUCCGCCUCCCUUGUUGAGCUGGCACGGCACACCACGUGUCGAAGAUGGCGUCGCGACGGUGACUCGAAGGGUCUCCCAACAUCAUGACCGCACAAUUCAUUUCUAUCUUGUAUUGUUAAGCCUUGCGGACCAGAGGCUCACUGUUGCCUCGACUUGCCCUCGGCCGAUCAGAAGAUGCCGCCGUCCGAUCCUCGCAUCGCUGCGCUCGACUUCGACGCCCAUCGAAAACGUGGACGCCGGCCGUCAGGCUCGCAUAUCCGAAUUGACGAUGAUAACUUUGAUUUCAUGGGCCAGGUCGCUCAGGAGAUCAUUGAGCGGGAUCGGAUAGCCAUGCGCAGGGAGGUGAUACGAGUCAUGAGCUUUGUUUGCGCCGUGCUCAGUUGCCUAUGUGCAGGGUCAAUCACCUCUUUCUCCCUCUAUGGCGCUCGUUUCCUCCAGGAUCUGCACUACUCGCAGCUCCGAGUCAACGCAGUUUCUAUCACCGCCGAGUUGGCCAUGUACCUGCCAGUCCCUCUCUUUGGGUAUCUAUGCGAUCGUUACUCCCCACCACCUCUGUCGCUUCUCUCCUCUGUCCUCUUUGGUGCAGGAUAUCUGCUCGCGGCCUAUACAUACAAGUCAGGCCCGCCCCCUGACGCUACCAAACCUGGCCACGGAUGGCCGUUUGGGGUGAUGAUUCUAGCCUUCAUCGGCAUUGGGGCAGGGACCAGCUGCAUGUACCUCUCCGCCGUGGCAACCUGCGCAAAGAACUUUGCCAACGCAAAAUACCGAGGUUUCAUGCUCGCUGUACCUAUUGCGGCAUUUGGGCUCAGCGGCAUGUGGGAAUCCCAGGUUGGCGCCCACUUGCUAUACGAAAAGCUGCCUAAUGGUCACAAGGGCGAGGUCGAUGUGUUCAAGUAUUUCAUCUUUCUGGCAGGCACGCUGAUUGGUGUCGGCCUUCUUGGGACAUUGGGACUGCAAAUUGUGGACGAGGAAGAACUGAUUGAUCACGGUGUGGAGAAUCUUGAACGGAGCGGUCUUUUGGACGAGAGCGAAUUUUACCACGACACGUCUCGUGCUCCUACUCCUGUGAACUACGGCACAAUUGAAGAUGACGACGAGUCUGGCGAGGGUUCUGGCUCAUAUUCCGACGACGACAUGGACUCGGAAGCUGAACGAAACCUCUCUGAAUCCCAGCUCCUCAAGAAGCGCGAACAAGACCGCCGCCUUCGCAAGAAGAAAUACUGGUUACUCAAUCAUGCCACUCAUACAUUCCUUACCGAUCGUACGAUGUGGCUCCUCGCGGCCGGUUUCUUCCUCCUUACGGGCCCUGGAGAAGCAUAUAUCAACAAUCUCGGCACAAUCAUACCGACCCUGACGCCAAAGGAUUACAACUAUGUCGAUGAUGACGGCAUUAAAAAUCCCCCAGCAGGCCACGCAAGCACGCAUGUCUCUAUUAUAGCCCUCGCAUCGACCUUCGCGCGCCUCUUCACGGGAACACUGUCCGACCUCUUCGCUCCUCCCUCGAACCCCGACUCCCUGCCCAGCAACCGGGUCCAAUUUUCUCGCCUUGUUCUGCUUAUUCCUUCGGCAUUUCUGCUUCUCUUCGCAUUCCUCAACCUAGCCGUUCCUGCGCUCACACUCCAACAUCCAAGCCUGUUCCACCUUUCGUCUUCCUUGGUGGGAUUAGGUUACGGAGCAUGUUUCAGCCUCGUGCCCAUUAUCAUCUCUGUGGUAUGGGGAGUGGAAAAUUUUGCGACGAACUGGGGCGUUGUGGCUAUGAUGCCUGCUGGAGGAGCUGCCGUGUGGAGUCUGGUUUAUUCCGCUGGCUAUUCAGCGGGGAGUUCGCAUUCUCCUGAUGCCGAGAAUGGCGAAUGCCGAGGGUACCUGUGCUUCGCGGCGUGGGCGUGGGGAUGCGCGGCGAGUGUGAGCUUGGCGAUCUUCUGCUGGUGCGUCGCGUGGAGGCUUUGGAAGAGCAGAAAUGUGGUCGUGUAGCAUGCGGCAGGAGCGGGAGUUGAAGGAGCGCGUGGAAAGGUGAACGUCGAAGUGAAUGUUUCGAUCACUAUUCAUUCCGAAAGAGCAGGAGCCCGCAUUCACCGCAGGAAGGGGAAACGGCGCGCGGAUAUCGAGGCUCAAGACCACAGCGAGGAUGCUGAGGGAGGAACCCUCCUCUCAAGACAGCCCUGCGACAUCCACGUUCGCGUGUGCUGAGCUUGAGGGACUACACCUUUGUGGAACACUGUUUUGAGAUUCCUUUUCACCGAACUUACUUGACGGCCUUUUCUUCAGCAAGCGAGCGCCGCAAUGUGCAUUUUACGGGUGCCAGGCUGCAUUAACUCUGGCGCUGGGCGUUGCUUCCUGGGCUUGAACUUCCGGUCUUGUCUGCCGAGCCUCGAGUUUUGAUCACUGCAUACGUAUGGCACAUGGGAUAUGGUACGGACUACAUUACGGGCCUUGCUGCAGUUCCGAACAGGUGGAAUUGAAAUGCAGUCGAUGCGGGCUGUCAUGACGAAAAUAUACACAGGGACAAAAAGGGGGACAAGGCCACGAGAGCGAGUCAACAGCAGCCAGCGGUUGUGAGCCGAGCCUCGAAGGAGCAGAGCAUGUCUGCUCGAAUGGGUGCUUGACGCGGUAUCACAACAUACACGCAUACACACACAUACAUAUGGUCCGAGGGAGGAAGGGGCACAAGCGACAAGGUCAUCUUUCUUCAAAGAGGCAAUUCAAAGCAACACCCCCUUUUCCUCACCGUCGCUACUGUUUUCCAUCAUAUCUAAAAGUUCCUUGUUUGGAUCUGCCUCGAAUGUCUAUCCUUGCAUUGCUCUUUCGCGCCCUGCGCACCGCAAUCAAACCAUGCCAAACCACGCCGGAAAUGAGCCUUGCACCGUCAAGUCCUUGCGCUCCAUCUUACUUUCGCACAUGGGUAUCUUUGUUGAAUUUCAUUAUCAUUAUGUUCCCCCCCUUUUGACCUCCG